AAAGGAGGAAAAAGUGCUAGAAAAAUUCCAAAGUUUGCCAAACGAAAUCCUUGUUGGUACCCUGGCUCUUCCACCGUGAGUCCACCACCGCCGCCGCUGCUCCUCAAAGGUUGCAGCCGCCUCUCCUCUGGAAAUUUUCAGACUUCAAGCUUGCAUUGCUGCCAUAUCAUUCGAAGUUCGGACUUAAACUUCAAGGGUCAAGCAUGAGUAGAAGAAGCAGGGACCACUAUUGAACGGUUGUAUCACUAUUUUAUUGGAAGUAUAAUAACAAGCCACCUACGGACGGCUCGUCAUUGCGGCAUGCAUAUGAUCCAGUCAUGUCAUUCAAACAAGUAACAGCAAUCUUAGCCUUCUUUCUAGUUCACACCGCAGCUGGUGCAGCAGCUUCCGAAGAUAUUGGGUUCAUCUAUCAAGGAUUUAAAUCAUCAAAUCUAAGCCUGGAUGGAUUAGCCAAAGUCACCGACAAUGGCCUCCUACGAUUGACCAACACCACCAAAUCACAAAGUGGGCAUGCCUACUAUCAAAAUACCAUCAACUUCAAGAGCACAUCUAAUAGUUCAGCUUUCUCCUUUUCCACCCAAUUUGUGUUUGCUAUAGUACCCGAUGUCCCUGGACUGAUUGGUUCCGGAUUGGCUUUCGUGGUUGCACCAACAAGAAACCAUACAGGAGGGCCUAUGUCACGGUUCAAUAUUAUGGAAACUCUCGGCCUCUUUGAUACACCCGACAACGGAAGUCAGAAUAAUCACGUUUUUGCUGUGGAGCUUGACACUUUCCAAAACCAAGAUUAUGAUGAUAUCAAUGCCAACCAUGUUGGCAUUGAUAUUAACUCUGUGAGGUCCAAGGCAUCUAGGCCAGCAAGUUACAAAGCUAAUAACAAGAAUUCAUUUGACAACUUAACUCUUGCCAGCGGCCAGCCAAUGCAAUUAUGGGUGGAAUACGAUGGGGCGGAUAGGAGAAUCGAUGUUACAUUAGCUCCAGUAGCGUCUGCCAAGCCACAUACUCCUCUUCUGUCUUUGCCAUAUGACCUGUCGCCAAUUUUACAGGAAACCAUGUAUGUUGGCUUUUCUGCAGCCACUAGCCCACUCGAAAGAGGAACAUCUCAUUUUAUACUUGGAUGGAGCUUUAGGAUGAAUGGGGUUGCGCAAGCUCUUGAUCUCUCUCAGCUCCCCGAGCUACCUCGGUCUGGACAUAAGAAAGUGUCUAAAAUUUUCACCGUGGGGUUGCCCCUGAUUUUCUUACUUUUGUGGUUAACACUAAUUCCUGGAGUAGCUUAUUAUCUAAAGAGAAAGUGGAAGUUUGCUGAAGUGCUGGAAGAAUGGGAGCUUGCUUACGGACCUCACAGGUUCAAGUAUAAAGAUUUGUACAUUGCCACCAAGGGAUUCACAGAAAAACAGCUGUUGGGAGAAGGCGGAUUUGGCAGAGUCUACAAAGGCGUUUUGCCAACAAACAAGGUUGAGGUUGCUGUCAAGAAGGUCUCUUAUCAUGCAAGACAGGGAAUGAGAGCGUUUGUUGCAGAAAUCGUCAGUAUUGGUCGCUUGAGUCAUAGAAAUUUAGUACCGUUGUUGGGUUAUUGUCGGCGUAAAGAAGAGUUACUCUUGGUAUACGAGUUCAUGUCCAAUAGUAGUCUGGACAGAUUUCUGUACAACCAACCAAAGUACAGCCUCAACUGGAGCCAAAGAUUUCGAGUUAUCAAAGGUGUAGCGUCAGGAUUAUUCUAUCUACACGAAGAAUGGGAGCAAGUAGUGAUCCACCGAGAUGUAAAAGCCAGUAAUGUAUUGUUAGAUGGUGAACUGAAUGGAAGAUUAGGAGAUUUCGGUCUGGCAAGGCUAUACGAUCAUGGAACUCUCCCUCAAAGCACCCAUGUAGCGGGAUCUCUUGGCUACCUUGCCCCUGAGCAUAAUAGGACUGGGAUGGCAACAACGAGCACUGAUGUGUAUGCUUUUGGGGCCUUUUUGCUGGAGGUUGCCUGUGGAAGAAGGCCGAUAGAACCCCGAGCAGAACCAGCAGAUAAUAUCAUUUUGGUUGAUUGGGUAUUUUCUUGCUGGAAAGCGGGUUGUAUACUCCAGGCAGUUGAUCAUAAUUUGGGUAAUGAGUAUGUGAAAGAGGAAGCAGAAUUGGUGUUGAAACUGGGCUUGUUAUGCUCUCAUUCCGAACCAAAGAUUAGGCCAAGUAUGAGACAAGUUCUCUUGUACUUGGAGGGAUCAGUUGCGUUGCCAGAUCUAUCAUCACUGGCCGUGGGCGUUUCUGCUGUUGGUCUUGGCUUCGCCUAUCCUAGCUAUGAAGAAAUUAAAUUGUCAGCUGCAACUUCCACCGACAAUGGUUUCUCACAUUCUGUAGCAGACUCUCUUCUCUCUGGUGGUCGGUAAUUAAGAUGCUUCUCAUUCUGAUUUUGUCAAUAUAGAAAAAAAUAAAAAAAUAGAGUUUCUACUGCUGUGAUUAUUCCGCUGAGUGCGUUUCCUGACAUUUCUGUUCUGUUUUUAUUGUCUUUCUACCCACCAGAACUCCUUGUAUUCUUCAUUAGUGUGGCAUCUCAAACAUGCAAUGUUUUAAUAUUGUAAGUUUGCUCCUUUCUCCUUUUCUGUAUCA